AUGGGUGGUAAUAACACUGCGCCUGACUCGAUCCUUGCCAUGACUGGACUUUCGCAGCCUGGGUCCGAUAUCCUUGACUACGACGGUGACAGUGGCACAACCACCACACUUCAUCAUAAUUUGUGGAUGAACUCUAUUGUGGCGAUCACCACGAUUGGUGAUAUUAUGCAGCUCAAUGGGUCUGUUAUCUGUGCGCAAUAUGUCAUCGCAGAGGAUGCGGUCAUUUACAACACGAGCGUUCACACGAGCGGUAACUAUGUGUUGGUAUUCUUCUAG